CUUGGAGGCUGCUGGAAUACUGAGGGAGCUGGCUAAUUACCUUGAUGUGCAUAUACCAAGUGCGCAAUUGAUUGCUAUUGCAAUAGGAGUGGUUUCAGCUGUUAUCGACAACGUUCCUAUCGUCGCCGCAACAAUGGGAAUGUACGACCUUACUUCUUUCCCUCGAGAUGCUGAUUUUUGGCAGCUUGUUGCCUUUUGUGCGGGUACCGGAGGUUCAAUGCUUAUUAUUGGAUCUGCGGCCGGAGUUGCAUUUAUGGGAAUGGAGAAGGUGGAUUUCUUUUGGUAUCUUCGCAAGGUAAGCGGCUUUGCUUUUGCUGGUUUUACUGCUGGAAUUGCAGCAUAUUUGGUCGGCCAAAGUCUGCAUUUCUCUCUUCCAGAUUCCUUGCCUGCGAUCCCUUUUGUCUCAGGAUCAUAAAUAUAGGCUUCAAUGCAAGCGGUAAAUUAUAACCCUUUCCACUACGUUACCUUAUUAGUUAGAAUUAAUUAAGGGGUGAGGAUUACAAUCAUGUUUAUUAUUAUCAUGCUGCAAUU